CUCAUAGAUUAGGUUUACUUAUUUUGAAAUUUCAUACAAACUGACUUAUGUAUCUUGUGAAUGUUCAUCUGAGUUCCUUCAUUCAACACAGUGAGACUCUAUUAUUGCCUUGCAAGAUUUUCAUUUUGUUUUGUGUUACGUACAAAUGAGAUGGAUGCACAUGGGCAUGUGGGGGUGAUAUGCAUUUGAGGCCACAAGAACACAUCAGGAGUCCUCCUCUAUCAGUCCCCACCUUAUUCCCUUGAGAGAAGUUCUCUCAGUGACCCCAGAUCUCAACAUUUUUAGCUAGGCCAGAGACCAACAAGCCCCAGUGAUCCUCUUUUGUCCAGUGCUGGAUUAUAGGUAUGAGCACCACGCCUGGCUUUUUAUAGAAGUGAUUGGGAUCCAAAUCCAGGCCCUCAUUCUUGAACAGCAAGCAUUCCUACCCACUGAGCCAUCUCUCCAGCCUCUUUUGUUUAAUUUCUUUUAUUGUUGAGAUGAUGAUAUAAUUACAUCAUUUUCUCCUUCCCUUUCCUCCCUUCAAACAUUCCUGUAUACUCCUCCUCGCUCUUUCAAAUUUAUGGCCUCUUUUUUCAUUAACUGUUGUUACAUUUAUAUAUCAAUAGAUAUAGAUACAUAUAUAUUCCUAAUUAUAACCUGCUCAGUCUGUAUAAUGUUAUUUGCAUAUAUGUUCUCAGGCCUGAAAUUUUGGUAUUGAAUAACAAGCGUGUGUGCUCUUCUUCCGAGGAAACUUUUCUCCCACUCUCAACAUUCCUUAGUUGUCUGUCGUUUUUCUUGUGUAAGGUGAGGCCUCCUGGGCUUUGCCUGUCCACUUCAGCAUGUUAUUGUGUGUUGUCCUUAUUCAGCUCAUGUUUCAGCAACUGUGUUUAGACUUUAUGGAUGCAGUUUCUGGCACGACUAGGAGAAACAAUCUUACAGAAAGUUCCCUGAUCCUCUGGCUCUUACAAUCUUUCUGCCCUCCUCUUCCACAGUGUUCCCUGAGCCUUAGGGGCAGGAGUGUUUUGUAGAUGUAGCCAUUGAGACUGGACUCUACAACUCCAUAUAUUGAUUGGCUAUUGUUUUCCUGUAAUGGCUUCAGUCUGCUACAAAGAGAAGUUGUCCUUGAGGAUGAGAGACUCCCAGGCUUUUUUUCAUUAUUUUUGUCUGUGUAUGUGUGUGUUCAUAUGUGAGUAGGUGAGUAUUUGCAGAAUGAUGAAAUAUAUAAUCAUUUGGCUGCCAUCAGAGUGGACAUUGGUAAGACAAUUGGGGAUAGAUAGCAAAGCCCAUGAGUUCCCUGAGGAGCAGGAUGUUGGUGCAAUAUAAGAAUGUUUUCUGAGGAGGAGCUAGCUCACUUCCGGGCGGCGUUGAAUUUCCGCGCCUAAGCUUGCUUCCUGAAACCGGGCAGUUUACCAAAAUGUUGCUCGUGGUAAGCUGGAACAUCAAUGGGAUCCGGAGUCCCCUGCAGGGGCUCACAUGCCAGGAACCCAGCAGCUGUCCCACGGCCUUGCGACGCAUUUUGGACAAGUUGAAUGCCGAUAUUGUCUGUCUCCAGGAGACCAAAGUGACCAGAGAUGCACUGACAGAGCGCCUGGCUGUUGUUGAGGGCUAUAACUCCUAUUUCAGCUUCAGCCGCAGCCGUAGUGGCUAUUCUGGUGUGGCUACCUUUUGUAAGGAUAGUGCUACCCCAGUAGCCGCUGAAGAAGGCCUGAGUGGUGUCUUUGCCACCCUAAAUGGGGAUGUUGGUUGCUAUGGAAACAUGGAUGAGUUCACCCAAGAAGAACUCCGGGUUCUGGAUAGUGAGGGCCGGGCCCUCCUUACACAGCAUAAGAUCCGCACAUUGGAAGGGAAGGAGAAGACCUUGACCCUGAUCAACGUGUACUGUCCACAUGUGGAUCCUGGGAAGCCUGAGCGAUUGACUUUCAAGAUGCGUUUCUAUCGCCUGCUGCAGAUCCGAGCAGAAGCACUCUUGGCAGCUGGCAGUCAUGUGAUAAUCCUGGGAGACCUAAAUACAGCCCAUCGACCCAUUGACCACUGUGAUGCAGGCAGUCUGGAGUGCUUUGAAGAGGACCCAGGGCGUAAGUGGAUGGAUGGCUUGCUCAGUAACCCAGGGAUGGAGGCUGGAUCCCACACAGGGCUCUUCAUGGAUAGCUACCGCUACUUCCAUCCAAAACAGGAGAGGGCCUUCACCUGCUGGUCAGUGGUCAGUGGUGCACGCCCUCUCAACUACGGCACUCGAAUUGACUAUGUACUGGGGGAUAGUACCUUGGUCAUGGACAACUUCCGGUCCUCCUUCCUACUCCCCGAAGUGAUGGGCUCUGACCAUUGCCCUGUGGGCGCUGUCUUGAAUGUGUCCUGUGUGCCAGCAAAACGGUGCCCAGCUCUGUGUACCCGCUUCCUCCCUGAGUUUGCAGGUACCCAGCUCAAGAUUCUUCGCUUCCUAGUUCCUCUCGAACAAGAACCUGUACGAGUUCAGCCAGUACCGCAGCCCAGCCAUCAAAUCCAGGUACAGAAACACCCAAGUAAAGCUCGCAUGCAUUCAAGCAGGCCUCGGAAAAGUCAAGGUGGCGCCAAAAGAAACCAGAAAAACCUGAUGAGUUACUUCCGGCCUUCCUCUAACCUUCCCCAACCCCCUCCUGUUGUGGAACUACCUAGCGUGCCUCUGGUGGGCACUCUUACCGUCCCAGAGACUCCAGAAGAGGUCACAGUGGCCACAGUGGUGGAAGAGAAGGCCAAGGUUUCAGAGGCCAAAGAUGAGAAAGAAAUACGGACCUCCUUCUGGAAGUCUAUGCUGAGUGGGCCCUCACCCAUGCCCCUCUGUGGAGGCCAUAAGGAGCCAUGUGUGAUGCGUACUGUGAAAAAGGCAGGACCCAACUUGGGCCGCCAUUUCUACAUGUGUGCUAGGCCCCGAGGUCCUCCCAGCGACCCCUCCUCCCGCUGUAACUUCUUCCUCUGGAGCAGGCCCAGCCGAAAGAAGUGAGGCCUAGGGACGUCUGGCAUGGUUACCUCAUGCACGGGGUCUGAUGCCAGCUCCAUGCCUCUGAAUUUGCCUUCUCCCCUGAGGCUUCCUUUCUUUCUCUGCUUUCUCUUCUCUCAUUUCCCUCCCUUUCUUCCCUUCUUCUUAUAUCUCUGUUCCUUCCUCUUUAUACACAUAGGAACUAGGAACUAGUUUAAAUCCCUUCUGCCCUUCUAGACACUGUAUUUGUUCAUAAAUAAAGU